CAGAACCAUCGAAAUAUUUUAGGAAUGGGGUAUCUCAUUUAGUCUGAAUCCAAUCUGAAUGUAGUGUUAUUUUGCCUCUUCUUCAUUGGUUUAUUACUGAGUGCAGGGAGUCGGUGAAUGUGCUCUAUAGUUACGCAACAGAGAGCUUCACUCUGCAACGGGUUUGCGAGGCAAGGACGAAAUUAAAGCAGGCAUUUUUUGUAUUCCAUUUUUGUCUAAUCCCACUGAUUUCUGAAGGGAUUACUGGACCAAUCAUGAUUGAGAGGCCGCUGGCUCGCCUGACACUGCCUGGACCGGGAGCAGUUUAGACAGAUCUGUCUGGACUUUUCUGUGCAUGACCGGCCAAUGGAGGAAGAGAAGGUGGUUGACAAUAUCCAAUCAAAACCCAGUUCCCCUUUACCUACUGGGAUUCCCAUUAAUUGGGGACUCAUCACCGGCCCUGUCCCUGAACCGGUGUUCCUAUCACCCUCUUUGAGCACCCAACUACCUCCGCCUCAGAGUUCUGCUGUGCACGCACUACAGACCAAAGUGAAGACACUCACACAGAGAAGAACAAAAGGGAGAGAUCGAGAGAAAGAAAGAGAACGGUUGGACACAGAGGUCUUAGUGAGCAGUCCAGCUGGGCAGAUUUCAUCCAAAGUCCUUCUCAGACAGAGGCCCAAAGGAAAGGCUCAGAUAUUUCUGCCUGCCCCUUCCUGGAGAUCUGGCGCAGCAAAGAACUUGAGCAGCAGUGAUGAAGAGGAGGAGGUAGAGGUGCAAGUCAGUUUCCAGAUCCACAGCCCUCCAGCUGAAUCACGAGGAGAACAGGUGUUCCAGGAGGGAGAGAAAACUGAAGACGAGAGGUCAGAGAGAAAUGAGGACCAGGUCAGUUUUCUGACAGGCCUUUAUGGGCUCGGGGAGGGCACCAGUCUGGAGAGUCUUCUGUCUGAUCAUUCAAGCAGCAGUAAAGAUGAGCCAUCCCAUCCUCCUCCUCUACCGGGGCUCUCCUCCCUUCUUGCCAACACCUCUGCUUCUACAACAUCUUCCAUUCCAUCCUUCACAUCUUCCACGUCAACCAGACACUGGGCACCACCCAGGGGCUUCUGGAAAGUGGCACGCCCUGAAACAUUGCUUCUAAAUGGUGUUGGCUCUAACAACACACCCUCAACUUUACCUUUGAAGAACCAUAAUCAGACAGAAGCAGUGGCAGAGCCUCAAAGGAAGUCCAAACCAAAUGCAGGAAGUGUAGUGGAUGCCAGUGAAGCAUCCUCAGAAUUCAAACACUCAGACAGCAUUGAGUGCUACCUGGACAGGUGUGAGCAGAAGGAGUUAGAUGCUGGUUACUUAGCCAAAGGAUUGUGCAGUUCAGACAGCUGGGAGAGCACGUCUUCACAAAGUGGGGUGCUCUCUGCUGAUGAGACAUUGAAGGUGAAGCAGAGAGCUUAUAUAAAGUUAAGGGAGAGACAACAAAACUACAGGGAGGGGAGAGAGCAAAGCGAAGGGGAAAACGCCGACUAUUACGGUGACAGAACAUGCAGAAUGGAUUGUAAAGUCGAAGGUGCCCAUGGGGUUUUGGACAGCUCAGACUCAGCCAUUUUUGCACAGGAACUUGAACCCUAUUUGAGGUCACUCGUAAUCAGUGAUGAACUUCCUCUGAGCCCGAGACAUGAGCAAGCCAAGCUUCUUCUGGAACGAGCGAGACUCAAGGCUCGCUCCAAUCACAUUAAAGGCGAUCGCCCCUGCAGACGCUCCCAUUCUGAUCAGAGAUCCACCAUAAAGAAGCAACAAAUUGAGUCUCCCAGUCCAACGCCAGUGCCGAAAGCUGUUCAAACCAAAGAAGAUCAUGCAGCUCAAACUGUAUCUGGUACCCUCCUCAUCCCCAACCAAAGAGACAUUUCCCCUGGUGACCAAAGUGGUCGAUCCAGACGCUAUGGUUGUUCACCCACACGGGUGCGCUUCGAAGACGAAUCAGAGAAAGAAGCGGAGUCUCGGUACUUGGAUAGAGUGAGACAGCGUAACAGGCCUGGGAUGCCCAAGUCCAAGAGUAAAGAAAGUAAUACAGAUUCUAGCAGUAGUGGAUCAGAGAGGAGCAGAAGCCACCGAAGUGUCUCCAUGCCUCCUUCACAGAAGAAAGAAGUUGUGGGUGUCAGUGGUGAACCCACAACAGUGAUUAAAGAGAUAAUAGUGUUGGUGAAGAAGUGUGAGGCAUGUGGUUCCGUGGUUAGGGAGCCUCAGCCGGUCUCAUCACCUUCAGAUCCAAAGAACACUGAGCCACAGCAGCCUGAGAACCCACGGGAAAAAGCAAUUCCUCGCUGGGUGCCUCAUAACAAGCCAGAGGCAAGUACUCGUCCGAAAGCUCCUCUAACUGUCACUUUCGCUGGAGCUUUCGUGCUGGGGGAAAAUAAAGAGAGCAGCACAGGGUGGAAAUCAUCAGGGUUUGGGAAACUUAGGAGAAGGAGCAGGAAAGGAGAAAGUCGACUGGAGUCCGGCAAUGGCCCUUACGGUCCGUCUUGGGCUCAGCGGCGUAACUCAAAUCCCAGGAACAGGGUCAAUUUAAGCAGAGCGGUUUCCUUCGCCCCAGAUAGCCCCGUUGCUGUGGAGCCACAUUUGCUGGAGGCCUCUGGAUUAAGGGAAUCACCUCCCCCAACGCUGCCUAUAAAGUCAGCCCUGAAGUCAAGUUCAAGAAAUCGCUCUGCUGCUGGUCAGUCCACGGUUCAGUUCCAGAUUUCCUCAAAUCAGGGAGGUGAGGGAGGGUCCCAGCAUUCUGCCCUCCUGGACUCCCAAGAGGCGAGAGGGCAGGGUGCAGUGGCUUUAACCCAAGGGACUCCUGCAACAAGCAACCCAGUGCCCUGUAUCAGACCCUCCACCCUGAGGUACUCCGCAGCCAUACCUGCUGUUGAACUCUGGGAUGCCACCCCAGAUGGAGCAGGUAUGAGUGACGCUGGUCCUGGUCCAGAGUGUCGUCCCGCUCUGCGCGGCCUCGCUAUGUCUCGGGCUGAAGACCUCAGAGCGGAGCUGUUGAGAGCAGAACAUCUGAAAGCUGAGGCCAUAUGGGAGGAAAACUGUGACGGGUCCAGGAAGACGGAUGGACGGCCAAAGCUCUUCCUGCGUCGCUUCUUUUCCUCCAUUGGUCUGAACAGUGUUGGUAGACUAGUGAAAGGAGGCCGCUCCAGCAGCAUGGAACAGCUCAGCAUAGCUCCUGCUCCCCGAGUCAGCUCUGCUUCCUCAAGUCCAACACGCAGACCACAGCCUUCUAUGCGCAUGCAGAGGACGCCCUCACUGCAAACCCUGCACACAGUGCUGCCACUGGCCCAACUGCGGAAAGCCUCCUCCGUGCAGAGUUUAGAGAGAAGAACAGAACGUUCAACAAUACUGGGAGAGGUGCAGAUACCGUACGGCCUGGCGUCCAGCCCUCAGCUCGAGUUUCACAGGGCCCUGAGUGCUGAAGAUGUACUUGCCUCCAGAAUUGCACGCCCAGUGGGCCGGGUAACCCAGGCUUUCCCUGAUGGGACCCUCCUCCUGGAGCUUGUCAGACCCCCAAACGGUCCCUUUGGUUUCGUCAUCUCGAGGGGCAAAGGUCGACCCGACACAGGUGUGUAUGUAGAGAAAGUGGGUGAUGGUGGCGGCGGCGAAGGCCCUUACAUAGGUCUCCUCGGCAUUGGUGAUGAAAUUCUGCAGGUGAAUGGAGAGGCAGUGGCUGGACUCAGUCUGGACCAUGUGACGCGACUCAUGACCCGGGAAAGCACUGCUUCUCUUCGGAUCAUGCCGGCCCGACGCAUCCAGCGCUGACUGGGAAGAUAGGCAUGGCACAGAGCCAUUUCUCCUGCAGCCAUGGAUUGUAGUUCACCAUUGCAAACACUACUGAUGGACUGUAGCCUGCUGAUGGAGUGUAUUUCAGUGCAGUUGUACAUGUGAAAGGGCUACAUGAGAUUACAGGGUUAGAGGUUCAUUUCCUAUUAGUGCAAUCUAUUGUUCAACAAUAUGACACUGCAAGGGACUUGGGUUACAAUGACAAAUCAUAAAAAUAACCAAAUAACAAAUCUAAAACCAAAUAAUACACUAGCUAUAAAUGAGAUUUCAGAGUAUAUAUUGUAAUACUAAUUAAAAAGUUUGGACUAUAAAUACUGAUUCAAAUCCAGCACUACUUCUGCAUAUAUGUUUAUUUUUUAUUGUCAGACUUUGUUAAAUGUCUUUUCAUUUACAAAGUACCUGUAUUUUAACCCCAUUUUAAAACUAUUUACAAAUAUACAAAUAUAUUUAUAAAACAUUUAAUUUGACUGAAGUAUUUGUGACUAAUAACUUUAACACCUCCACUUUUGUCUUGUUCAAAGUGUGAAUCAUUUUGGCACCCUAAAUGCUUAGUGAGUAGAAAAUAUUAAACACGUUUAAAUGUUUCCCAUUACUUAAUAUAUUAUUAAUUUAUUGAUUUUUUUUCAGAUGAUUGACUUGUGGAAGGAUGUGCCACAAAUGUAUUAUUGGCCCAUGACACCUUCAAACUAAAGAGCUAUUAUUAAUAAAAGAAUAGAAAACAUAUGAAUCAUAUUUCCCUGGGGCUCUGAAUGAGUCCUUCAUUUUACUUGUGCUGUGCCACUAAUUAAUUCAAGGAAUUUAUACUUUUGUGCUUUUAAAUAAAAAAAAUGAUUUUGCCAAA